CACCUCGUACACUAAACGGAUCAAGAUGUCGGGAUCUCUGCCAGCCACCUUUGUCAAGGGCUUCCACGAUGAGGAGCAAGUGCGUCGCAUGGAGUACCGGGAUCUGGGCAAGACGGGCCUGCGAGUCUCCACACUAGCACUCGGUGGCGCCACUCUGAGCAAUCUCUUUUUCGACGACUUUGAUCGUGAGGAGGGCAUCCGCACGGUGCACGAGGCCAUCAAGUCUGGGAUCAAUUACAUAGACACCGCUCCCUUCUAUGGCAAGUCGGAAGAGCUCCUUGGGCAGGCACUGAAGGAUGUGCCCCGGGAGGCGUAUUACAUUGCCACUAAGGUGGCGCGUUAUGAAAUGGAUCCGAAGAAGAUGUUCAAUUACACAGCCGAAAAGGCGAGGGAGAGCGUGAAGCGGAGCCUUAAGCUACUCGGCCUGGACAGAGUAGAUGUCCUGCAGGUCCACGAUGUGGAUGCCGCACCCAGUUUGGACAUGGUGUUGAACGAAACCAUUCCCGUUCUGGAGGAGUACGUGAAGGCGGGCAAGGCCCGUUUUAUUGGUAUAACCGCCUAUGAUGUGGACAUUCUAAAGGAGUGCGCCGAGCGAGCCAAGGGUCGCGUCCAUGUGGUGCUCAACUAUGCCCGCUACACUUUGCUGGACAACACACUUCUGCGUUACAUGAAGGACUUUGAGGAGCUGGGCGUGGGCAUCAUCUGUGCCGCCGCCCAUUCGCUGGGUCUGCUGAGCAAUGGUGGACCUAAGGCCUGGCAUCCGGGCAGUAAGGAACUCCAGGAUGUGGGUAAACGCGGUGCCCAGUUCUGCCGGGAGAACGGCGUGGAGCUCGGCAAGCUGGCCAUGUAUUAUACAAUGCAGCUGGAAGGAGCGGCCACCUUCCUCAUCGGCAUUCCCAACCGGGAGCUGUUGCGGAUCAAUCUGGCUGCAGUCCGCGAUGGCCUUACCCCCAAAGAGCAGGAAGUGCUAAAGUAUCUGCUCGAAAACGUUUUCACCAAAUCCUACAGCUGGGGCUCCACUCUUUCCACGGUUAAUAUGUUCAACUAAGUGGUGAUCGGAACUGGCAUCCCAUACUCAAACAUGGUUGAAUUUUGAAACGCAAUCGGAAGAAGCAGGAAGAUCGGAUUUAGUCAAGCUUGCUUGAUAAUCUUAUAAAUUAAUCUUAUAAAAUAAUGGAUUAAAUAACAUUAUUAAUACCAAUCAACUGUCUUUUCUAACAUUAAAUGUCAUUGAAGUGAAGCUAA